UGCGAUAGAAUAGAGCUGAUUUCAAAGGCCAGAGUUGAAUUUAGAACCAAGCAGAGAUGAAGAAAUGAAGCCUAACAGCUAGAAUAGAUUAUAUCAAUAAAACAGUUUUAUUUCUGCCCAGUUGUUCUUUCUUUGUAUUUUUCCUUAUGGCUUCCUUCAUAUUCUUCCUUUCUUUUUCUUUAUCUUGGGCUAUAGUAUCGGGGAUUUCAUGGUCGGAAUUUUUAUAUCCAAAUUUCACAGCUUCACACUACAAAUUUAUUGAUGGUGGGGGUAGUUUUCUGUUUUCUCGAAAUGGAACGUUUAAGGCUGCCAUGUCCAGUCCUGGUACUCAACAAACUAGAUACUACUUUUGUGUUAUCCAUGUGGUAUCUCACAACAUCGUUUGGUCUGCAAAUCGUGAUGCACCUGUUUCAAGCUCCGCGCAAAUGAUUUUGGAUUUUAAUGGUAUUAAGAUCAUUGAGGAAGACGGAAGUUUAAAAUGGUCGACUCCAGGAUUAAGGUCAUCUGUAUCAGCACUAGAGCUAACUGAAACAGGCAAUCUCAUCUUGAUGGAUAAGUUUAAUGGGACUCUCUGGGAAAGUUUUCAUUAUCCAACAGACACGAUUCUGAUCGGACAGAAGUUGCCGGUAGGGAGAUGGUUGUCAAGUGCUAAAACAGAGGAUGACUUGUCUACCGGUGAUUACAAGCUUUCAAUUACUGCCGAUGAUGCUAUUCUGCAGUGGCAUAAUCAAAUAUACUGGAAAUUUUCUAUGGCAACCAAGGCGUAUACAAAUUCAAAUCAGGCAGUGGAAUAUAUGGCAGUAAAUCAGACUGGUCUUUAUCUUUUUGGUCAUAAUGGAUCGGUGGUUGUAGUUCAGCUGAACUUAGAGCAAUCUAAUUUCAGAAUGAUCAAGUUGGACGUGUCAGGCCAAUUCAUUGUCAGCAGCUAUUCAACUGCUGAUAGAAACCCAGAUUUUGCUGGACCAGUCGAUCGAUGUAGAAUUCCUUUUAUCUGUGGGAGUGUAGGCUUAUGCACAGAUGAUUCUCAAUCAGGGGCUCCUCUAUGUUCAUGUCCGUCUAACUUUAAAGCUGGAUCUUCGAAAACUAAUGAUUGUGUGCCAAGUGAUGCUUCUUAUUCUUUGCUGGUUUCUUGCAAUUCAACUAGAAACGGCACUAAGUUGAAUUCUUCUUCAUUAAUAUCAUAUUUGAGGCUUGGCUAUGGCACCGAUUACUUUGCUACUGAUUUCGCUGCACCUAUUAAGUAUGGUAUAAAUCUGACCUCUUGUCAAGAUCUGUGCUCAGCACGAUGUUCUUGCUUGGGGGUUUUCUUUGGAAACUCAUCUGGUUCUUGUUACCAACUUGAAAAUGAGUUGGGAUCUUUCAGGUUGAGCAGUUCAAGUGAAAAUGAUCAAUUGGGCUUUAUCAAAACUAUUGUUGGUCCUCCAUCAUCAAGAGGUGGUGGUGAUAAUGGUUUUGGUAGUCAAUCGUCCAAUUUUCCUAUCGUAGCUCUAGUGCUCUUGCCAUCUUCUGGAUUCUUUUUGUUAGUUUUACUAGCAUUCCUUUGGUGUAGACGAUCGAGAGUCUACACUAAAGGAAAGACUAAAGUCAGCCGCCCAAGCUCCCCUUCUGAGGAUAUUGAUGCCUUCUCUAUCAUGGGAUUGCCUACAAGAUUUGAUUAUGCAGAGCUGGAGAAAGCUACUGACGGUUUCAAGAUUAAGAUUGGAUCAGGCGGAUUUGGUACAGUAUACAAGGGCACUCUACCUGAUGGAACUGAGGUAGCAGUCAAAAAGAUUACCAACUUGGGCUUACAAGGCAAGAAGGAUUUCUGCACAGAGAUAGCAAUCAUUGGAAAUGUUCACCAUGUCAACUUGGUGAAGCUGAAAGGUUUUUGUGCUCAAGGAAGAGAACGCAUGUUAGUUUAUGAAUAUAUGAACCGUGGUUCCCUGGACUGUACUCUAUUUGGCACUGGACCUGUCUUGGAGUGGCAAGAAAGGCUUGACAUAGCACUUGGAAUAGCACGCGGGCUUGCGUAUUUACAUAGUGGAUGUGAACAUAAAAUUAUCCACUGUGAUGUCAAGCCAGAAAAUAUUCUACUCCAAGAGCAGUUCCAGGCUAAAAUAUCAGAUUUUGGACUUUCAAAACUUUUAACUCCUGAACAGUCCAGUCUAUUCACAACCAUGAGGGGUACUCGUGGGUAUCUUGCUCCUGAGUGGCUUACUAGCUCUGCAAUCUCCGACAAAACUGAUGUUUAUAGUUAUGGUAUGGUACUACUUGAACUUGUGAGCGGAAGAAAAAAUUGCUUGUUUCGAGCACGAAGCCACAGCACUAGUGAUGAUAACAGUAACGGUGCUCCCUCGUCAUCUUCAUCUUCCCAGGGACUUAUUUACUUCCCACUGUUCGCACUGGAUAUGCAUGAGGAGGGACGUUAUUUAGAACUUGCUGACUCGAGGCUAGAGGGUCGUGUGACAAGUGAAGAAGUGGAGAAGUUGGUCUGUGUGGCAUUAUGCUGUGUCCAUGAGGAGCCAACACUAAGGCCUAAUAUGGGUAGUGUUGUGAGUAUGUUGGAAGGCGAGAUCCCUCUUUGUCAGCCAAAUCUGGCAUCCCUGAACUUCUUGCGCUUUUAUGGCCGGCGGUUUGCAGAGUCUUCAGCUGUUGAAGAAAGCAGUGGGAAAGACAGUGUGACAUUAUUUCCGAAAGCAAAUAAUUCUCGUGAUAGAACAAACAGCGGCUCUAACACUUAUUUUUCUUAUAUCUCGUCUCAGCAGGUCUCAGGUCCAAGAUAGGCUUAACAAUCUGAGUGCUUAUCGCAUUACCAGUGCACAUGUGAAUUUGUACAAGUAGGCCAAAAUGAUAACUUCAUACAUGAAGAUGCCAAGUUCUUUUCAUCUUGGAGUUAAUGAAUAGACUUUUCUAGUUUAUACAAGACGGUUUGUCUUUACUGAUGUUGUUAAUUUAUCAUCCACUUCCAUGCUCUCA